AUGGAAGAGAAGAGGAAGCUGCAGUGGCGGCGAGGGCGUGACGGCAUCGUGCAGUACCCUCACCUCUUCUUUGCGGCCCUGGCGCUGGCCCUCGUAGUCGCGGACCCGUUCGGCCUCAGUCCGCUGGCCGGGGUCGACUACCGGCCGGUGAAGCAUGAGCUCGCGCCGUACGGGGAGGUCAUGGGCAGCUGGCCCAGAGACAAUGCCAGCCGGCUCAGGCGUGGGAGGCUGGAGUUCGUCGGCGAGGUGUUCGGGCCGGAGUCCAUCGAGUUCGAUCUCGAGGGCCACGGGCCGUACGCCGGCCUCGCCGACGGCCGCGUCGUGCGGUGGAUGGGCGAGGAGACCGGGUGGGAGACGUUUGCCGUCAUGAAUCCUGACUGGUCAGAGGAAGUUUGUGCCAAUGGAGUGAACUCAACGACGAGAAAGCAGCACGAGAAGGAGGAAUUCUGCGGCCGGCCGCUCGGUCUGAGGUUCCACAGGGAGACCGGCGAGCUCUACGUCGCCGACGCGUACUACGGUCUGAUGGUCAUUGGCCAGAGCGGCGGCGUGGCGUCCUCCAUCGCGAGGGAAGCCGACGGGGACCGCAUCCGGUUCGCGAACGACCUCGAUGUCCACAGGAAUGGAUCCGUAUUCUUCACUGACACGAGCAUGAGAUACAGCAGAAAGGACCAUUUGAACAUCCUGUUAGAAGGAGAAGGCACCGGGAGGCUGCUCAGGUAUGAUCCAGAAACAAAUGCCGUCCAUGUCGUGCUCAAGGGGCUGGUCUUCCCAAACGGCGUGCAGAUCUCAGAGGACCAACAGUUUCUUCUCUUCUCCGAGACAACAAAUUGCAGGAUAAUGAGGUACUGGCUGGAAGGCCCAAGAAAGGGCGAGGUAGAGGUGUUCGCGAACCUGCCGGGCUUCCCCGACAACGUGCGCUCCAACGGCAAGGCCCAGUUCUGGGUGGCGAUCGACUGCUGCCGGACGCCGGCGCAGGCGGUGUUCGCCAAGAGGCCGUGGCUCCGGACCCUCUACUUCAAGUUCCCGCUGACGCUCAAGAUGCUCACGAGGAGGGCCGCCAAGAGGAUGCACACGGUGCUGGCGCUCCUCGACGACGAGGGGCGCGUCGUCGAGGUGCUCGAGGACCGGGGCCGCGAGGUGAUGAAGCUGGUGAGCGAGGUGCGGGAGGUGGGCCGCAAGCUGUGGAUCGGGACCGUGGCGCACAACCACAUCGCUACCAUCCCCUACCCUUUGGACUAG